AUUGCACAAACAAGUGGACUUCCGGGAGCUGGCCCUGCUCGUCCCCUGGGCCCUCCUUCCCUGGUCCUGCAGGUCUUGCUGCUUGUCAGGCCUCUCCUCCAACCCUCUGCCACAUUUCAGAAAAGCUGAGAACCCCUUGGAGUGAAAAAGGAGGAGAAACACAGUGUUCAUAGCCAGCAGGAGGUUAAAUAAAUACUUUCACUUCUCUUUUCCCCAUCUGGGCGGAGCCCUUUCUGAGUCAGUCUGUUAGCCGACUUCCUGCUUGGGGCCUGGGCAGCCACACUGCACACAGGCUGGGCCCACGGAGGGGCUCAGAGGCCAGGCUCUGAGGCCCAGGCAGGGCCUAGGGUGAGAAGAUGGCAGAUGGUGGCGGCGACCUGAGCACCAGGAGUCUGAAUGAAUGUAUUUCACCAAUAGCGAAUGUGACGAACCAUUUUCCUACACACAGCCACGGUUUGCAAAGGAUGUUCACAGAAGACCAGGAUGUAGAUGAGAGACUUCUCUGUGACGCUGUAUUCAAGCACUUCAAAAGACAUAAGGUGGAGAUUUCAAAUGCAAUAAAAAAGACAUUUCCAUUCCUUGAGGGCCUCCGUGACCGUGAACUCAUCACAAAUAAAAUGUUUGAAGAUUCUCAAGAUUCUUGUAGAAACCUGGUCCCUGUACAGAGAGUAGUGUACAAUGUUCUCAGUGAACUGGAGAAGAUGUUUAGCCUGCCAGUUCUGGAAGCACUGUUCAGCGAGGUCAACCUGCAGGAAUACCCCGAUUUAAUUCACAUUUAUGAAAGCUUCAAAAAUGUAAUCCAAGACAAAUUGCCUCUCCGAGAAAGUGAUGGAGAAGAGAGGGAGGAGAGGCCUGGCAUCCAACUAAGUCUUGAACAAGGAACUGGUGAAAACUCUUUUCAAAGCCUGACUUGGCCCCGUUGGGAUUCCCCAUCUCAUGAUGGUACAACCCCACCUGAAAAUGGACUCUCAGAGCACCCCUGUGAAACAGAAGAGAUAAAUGCAGACAGAAAAGAUACAACCAGUGACAAAAAUGGUUCGCUAGGAAGCCAACAAACAAAUGAGCAAAGUGCCCAAAAGACUGAGCCAACAGAAUCCUGUGAACAAGUCGCUGUCCAAGUGAGUAAUGGGAAUGCUGGAAGGGAGACGCCCUGCCCAUUGCCCUGUGAUGAAGAAAGCCCAGGGGCGGAGCCACACAACCAUGGAAUCCAAAUUAAUUCCUGUUCUGUGCGACUGGUGGAUAUAAAAAAGGAAAAACCAUAUUGUACUUCAAAUGCUGAAUGCCAAGCCCAGGCAUCUGACAUAAUAGUCAUCAGCAGUGAGGACUCUGAAGGAUCCACCGAUGUUGAUGAGCCCCUAGAAGUCUUCAUCUCACCAAUGAGAAGUAAGCCUGUGAUCAAUAAUGACAACUCUUUAGAAUCAAAUGAGGAAAAGGAGGGCCAAGAAGCCACUUGCUCACGACCCCAGACUGUACCAGAGCCCAUGGAUUCCAGAAAAUCAUCUAUAUUCAGAGAAAAGUUUAGGAAAAGAGUGAUAGGACAAGACUGCAACUUUUCAGACUCCAGUGAGGAGGAGGCGCUCCCAGAAGUCUUAAGCAGGGCACUGAGAAGCAAGCAUGGUGAGAAGGAUCCUGUGACUUCUAGAAGUACAUCUACUUGGGGAAUACCCAACAGGAAGAGACGUCUCAGCAGCAGUGACUUUUCAGAGCUGAGUAAUGGAGAAGAGCUUCAGGAAACCUGCAGCUCAUCCCUAAGACGUGGGUCAGGAUCAGAGCUACAAGGACCUGAAAAUGAGAAGUGUCCCUGUGUCAUGUGUUUUCCAAAAGGUGUGCCAAGAAGCCAAGAAGCAAGGACUGAAAAUAGUCAAGCAUCUGAUAUGAUGGAUACCAUGGAUGUUGAAAACAAUUCUACUUUGGAAAAACACAGUGGGAAAAGAAGAAAAAAGAGAAAACAUAUACUUAAAGUAAAUGGUCUCCAAAGAGGGAGAAAGAAACACAGACAUAGAAAACACUUAACUCGGAAUAACAAAGUCCCAAAGGAAAGACGGCAACCAAGAGGAAGAAAAACCAACAAUAGACCUUUGAAAAGAAGAAGAAAAAGAGAUCCAAGAAUUCCCAGAGAUGAAAAUAUUAAUUUUAAACAACCUGCACUUCCUGUGACCUGUGGUGACGUGAAGGGCACUCUAUAUAAGGAGCAAUUCAAACAAGGAAUCUCAAAGAAGUGUAUACAGAGUGAGGAUGGAAGGCGGUUCACCCCCAGGGAAUUCGAAAUUGAAGGAGGCCGCGAAGCAUCCAAAAACUGGAAGCUAAGUAUACGCUGCGGUGGAUACACCCUGAAGUUCCUGAUGGAGAAAGAAUUUCUGCCAGAACCAACAAGCACAAGAAAAAAGAGAAUACUGGAGUCUCACAACAAUACCUUAGUUGACCCUUGUCCGGAAAACUCAAACAUAUGUGGAGUGUGCAACAAAUGGGGACAGCUGUUCUGCUGCGACACUUGUCCAAGAUCCUUUCAUGAGCACUGCCACAUCCCGCCCGUGGAAGCUGACAAGAACCCGUGGAGUUGCAUCUUCUGCAGGAUAAAGACUAUUCAGGAAAGAUGCCCAGAAAGCCAACCAUGGCAUCAGGAAUCUGAAGUCUUGAUGAGGCAGAUGCUGCCCGAGGAGCAGUUGAAAUGUGAAUUCCUCCUCUUGAAGGUCUACUCUGAUCCAAAAAGCCCCUUUUUUGCCUCAGAACCAUAUUAUAACAAAGAGAGGUCUCAGGGCCCACAGAAGCCCAUGUGGUUAAACAAAGUCAAGAGAAACCUGAAUGAGCAGGCAUACUCCCGAGUAGAAGGGUUUGUGCAGGACAUGCGUCUCAUCUUUCAUAACCACAAGGAAUUUUACAGGGAAGAUAAAUUCAUUACACUGGGAAUUCAAGUAGAGGACAACUUUGAGAAGAAUUUCAGAAACAUUUUUGCAAUUCAGGAAACAAGCAAGAACAUUAUAAUGUUCAUUUAGCCCAUUCUUAUUUCUUCCCUUCAGAUCCUCUGGCAGCUAGGUACACAGUGUGCAUGUGGUCCCACUAAUCUCUGACUGCUCUUGUGGAAACUCCACAUCACAAUUCUCCAAAAUUUUUCAUUAACAUUUUAAAACUGUCUUUAUCAGCUUUCAAUAAAAUUCAAUACUCCUUCAUGUUAAAAA